GGAGUUGAUCAACCAGAAAGCUGACGUCUGCGUCGUCACAAAGGCUGCACGGCUCCACGCAAUGUAAUGAAACUGUAAUAAUCAGUAUUUUGUAGGUUGUGAUGUAGAUUUACAGAAACAAAAACUCUUCACUUUGCUCACUCGUCACCUGGGGAAGAAGGGAGAGGAAGACUUAAGGCUCAUGGCUCUGAUUUUAUUCGCUUUUAUUCUGGUGUUUACCGGGAAAUGGGACAAGUCCGUCCUUGCAGAGGCUCAGUCUUGUGUGGAUGAGAGCCGGUUUAAGGAGCUAGUACUCUAUGUGGGGCAGCAAGGGCCUCCGUAUCGGCUGAACUGCCCUCUGGAGCCCGAGAGCUCCCUACAGCCCCAGCUGACCUGGCAGAAGGACUGCCAGCAGCUCCCUACUCAGGCAGGGACGGCCUACCUGGAGUUUCCCAGCCUCAGCUUGCAAGAUCAAGGGAAUUACACCUGUGUGCAACAGAGCAACAGCACAGCCUCAUUCACUGUGCGUCUCAUAGUUAAAGAGUCUCAGUGCUCCAAAGCCCCAGAAUUUAAAACGAAUGGGGGCUCGAACGGACCCCAUAGGAAUGUGGACUGCACUGUGACGCUGAACUGCACCGCCCUCCUCCAAUGGGACCCGAAAGAAGAGCACUGUGACGCCACGCUGCAGUGGAGUAAAGACGGCCAACCCCUCACCAAUCAAACAGAUUACACGCAGAACACCUCCUCAUGGUUUCCUGCUGCCGGCCAGCUGAUGGUAAACAGUCUGCUGGUGAUCAACAUCACAGAGCGGGAUGCCUUUGGGCUCUACAGCUGCACAGUGAGGAACAUUUCUUCUGAUUUCAGCCUGCCGUACUCAAACACUUUUGUGUGCUCAGAAGGCCCAAACCACACAUCUGCUGUUAUAGCAGCCAUGGUCCUCCUCUUCCUCCUGGCUGUAGCUGCUGUUUUGUACUCCAGGUGCCACUUGAACUUCAAACUCUUGUACAGGAACUCCUACGGAGACUACGAACUCAAUGACGGCAAAUUGUAUGAUGCCUAUAUCUCCUAUGUGAACAAUGAUCAUGACAGGAAGUUUGUCAACUUUAUUCUAAAACCUCACCUGGAGAAUAAAAUUGUGGCCAAGGUGCACCUCAAUGAUAACGACAUCUUACCUGGCUCAGAACCUUCUGCAGAGCUGCUAAUGAACAUAAGUCGCUCUCGCCGUUUGAUCGUGUUGCUCUCUUAUGCUUACCUCGAGCAGGACUGGUGCUCCAAUAACUUCAGGCAGGGCCUUCUGCACUUGUUGGAGUUGUGUCAGCGGCCCAUCCUCAUCAUGUUGGAGGGUCAGUCCAAACGCAUGAGGCCUGAGAUCAAGCAGCUGCUCAGUGAGCACCAGCACCGCCUCACCGUACUCACCUGGAAGCACAACUCUGUGACUCCUUCCUCAGUCUUCUGGAGGGAGCUGGCCUUAGCGAUGCCUCGCAGAGUCGUCUUCCGCAGUGAGUCUGCAGGCGACCCUCAGACUGUCCUACAAGAUGACAAGGACCCCAUGCUGACCCUCGACUCCGACUACCUGGACUGCCGCUCAGACACAGACCCUGCUGGAGAUCUGGGGCUGCGCCUCCCUGUGUACAAGGCUUUGGCCUUUAAGGCUCCGGUCCUCCCUGCUGCUCCCAUCACUGCAGCCGAGCCCAAAUCCUCGGACAUCGACGUGUCGGACCUGGGAUCACGCAACUAUGGAGCCCGCUCAGACUUUUACUGCCUGGUCACUGAGGAGGACAUGUGAUCCACACUCCCCUCACUGCUACUGAUCUCUACACCUACAUGGAGAUCUUCAUUGUCACUCCUUUAUAGUUAUCUAGUAAAUAGAUUUUUUUUUUCUUUUAUGUACAGUAUGUUGUUGAAAUAAAAGUGUUACCUUUUUCUGUUUCCACUUACCAAAGACUAAUUUUUUAUUGUUUUUCGUAUUUUUUACUGUUGUGUAAAAUAUUUUAUGAUAAAUUGUACAAGAAAUUGUCUGAAAUACUUGUUUUAAUCAGACAAAGAAGAAAUGUUUAAUUUGUCAUUUAACUGCUAACAUCUCUCAUAAAGUCCCCAGCAGAGGGAAGAGUGAUGUGAGAUAGGAUGAAGGAAUUCAGUUUCAUAAUUUUUACAACUGAAAGUACACAGAGGUUCAGGACCCACAACACUGGUAUCUGUUUGUAAACCAGUCAGCUAAAGCAGGAGAACGCUCACGACUGAAGAGGGCAUAGUUCUUGACAUUUCUCUACAGGUAGGUUUCUGUGUGUGAUGUUAACAGACUGAUAACAUAGC